CUGCCCAGGGAAAAUGCCAGGGCUCUUCUUCUCCCACAACAGCAUGGCCGAGUUAAAUGGAAAAGAAGACUGCAAGCUUGCAGAAGGCAAAGUCCAUAAAAAGAAGCAAAAGGCUUUUGGUGCGGACCUCAAAAGUUAUUUGAAGUGCAUGGUGCCACAUAUUGAAUCUGGGAUCAAGACUUCCAACUCCAGGAAUGUCAUGCUUUCUGCAGAGGAAGUUAUUCAGUGGUCACAGUCUUUGGAAAAGCUCCUGGCCAGCCAAAGUGGUCAAGGUGUCUUUCGGGAGUUCCUGAAGUCCGAGUUCAGCGAGGAAAACAUCGAGUUCUGGCUGGCCUGUGAGGAUUACAAGAAAACCAAGUCUGAUCACUUACAUGGCAAAGCAGAGAGGAUUUAUGCCGAGUUUGUUCAGUCAGAUGCCAUUAAGCAGAUCAAUAUUGACUAUCAGAUGAGGGAAGCAACAGCCAAAAAGGCUCAAGACCCAACUCACACAAGUUUUGAUGAAGCCCAGAAAACCGUGUACAUCCUUAUGGAAAGGGAUUCAUAUCCCAGAUUUUUAAAAUCCAAAUCCUACCUGAACCUUUUAAACCAGCUGCAAAGCAACACUUCAAAAUAAAGUGUCUGAAGCAUGAAGAGCCAAGCAGACUCUGUCAAAUAUCCUGUGAAGAGAUCCUCCAUGGGGACUGGAUCCUGCCAAGGAAAAUCCCUGUUCUGGGAGGAGGAGUGUGAGGGAGAUGCAAACAGCUCCACGGGCAAUGGAUAAAAGCUGGGGAGCUGCCAUAAGGGAGAGCAGCACAGGGAGAAAAUCCCCUCCUUCCACACACCAUGGAGCCAAGGCAGGGUAUGGAACAUGAUGUUUGACCUGCACGGUGAACACUGAGCUGUGUCUCAGAUCCCAAAGAACUGCUGGCUGUUAGCAAGUGCAGGACUCACGAGCUGAGCGUUGGGAAAAGAUUAUCAAGGUCAGGGGAAAAACCAGGAUGACUGACAAUUUUGGACAUAAUAAGAAAAUGUCAAGACAAGACUGACAUCACUUAAAAAAAAAAAAAAAUCUGUGAAGGGUUAAUAAGUGUGAGUGUGAGCUCCACAAUGCUGUUGUGCUAUGUGAGUAUAUUCUAAAUUGACAUGUCUCAAAAUAUAUAUGGU